GUGAGUCCAGAACCGGGUGGAGAAAAAAAAGAAAAGCAUUUCACUGUGUAGAUGAAUUGACAGAAUUUAAAAAUGCAAAUGUUUGUCUCACAAGUCGUCACCUCCAGCAGCAGCAGCAGCAGCAGCAGCCGUGGUCAUAUGAAUGAAUGGGUUCUAGGACGCAAGGAGGGAAAGGUCAGGUUCAGCUGGGAGGAAAGUGCAGGUCCGGUGUGGAGGAGAGCGUGUUGGCAGAGAUCAAAGUGCGAGAACUCUCGUCAGAACCAGAAGACAAACAGAAGCUGCAUCGUCGUGACUCAAAGCUUCCGCUGACCCAGUCGGCUGCACAAUAAAGGGCAAGGCAGUCCAUCUGCAGGAGGGUUUGAUUUAUUCACGUGAGCGGCUGCACUGCCUCCAAGUGUGCUUUUCAAAAAUGCCACACAGAAUUAGUCUAAUUUUCCCACCCUGACUGAGAUAAUGCCUCACACCUUCCCAACCCGCCCUUUUAAAUUCAGAUCUAGGCUGGAAUGAGAACUAAUGUUGGCCGCUGACUGCAUCCACCAGGCUUGACGUACGACACGAGUUAAGGUCUAUAUUCAGCAGCUUGGAAAUGAGGCAGUUCAUUUUCAGUUCCCCAUGAUUCUUUUGCACCUUCCUUCGGCACCUCAUGCCUGUGAUGCUUCCUCCACAACACAUUUACGCUCGUCACUACCUCGCUCCUCAUUCCCUCCUCUCCUCUUCUCAUCUUUCUUUUUGCCCCCUGUCUAUAAUUGGAUUCUAUUUUCAGGCUGCUAUAAGUGUCUCUUGUGUUUGUGUCUCGCACCCCAUUUUUUUUGUCUCUCCUCUUACUGUUCCCAUCGCACUCCCCAUCUUUCUGUUACUGUUUAAAGCGAUUCCUUUUAUUCUUCUGUUUCUGAUGUUUUGCCUACAUACUAUUUCAUUUAUUGCUAACCCAUUACCAUUAUCCUUUUUAUCCCUUUAUUGUGACAGACUUAUGAUGGACACAAAAAGCCUCGUGAGGAAUUAUUUCAGGUGAAGUAGUGCAGAGUGAAACUACACGGAUGUGAAUAGCUUUCUCAUGACCUAAUUCUUACACAGUGAUCUGAGAGAGAGGAGAAGAUAUAUUUGGCGAGGAAAAUCAAAAUCAAAAGAAUGAUACAGGAUACUGGCAAGAAUUAAAAAAAGGUAAGUGUUGACAAUAAAAACACACAGGCUGAAUAAACCUUUAUGAAGGGGAGGAGUGGAAAGCGAGAGGCUGACGGAGGGAGGGAGUCGUACUGUAGGACUUGGUUGGCUGUUGGGAUGUCUCUGGAGGCCCAGCAUGUAUUAAAAAGACGAAAAAGACUCAGGAAGAGAGGCUAUCAGAGAUGGAAACAUUUGACUGACGAGUAGAGGACAUGGGGAUCCCUCAGCAGACCAAAAAACCCUCGCCGAGAGGGCCUGGCGCCUGCAACACUGCGAGCCACGCCGCACGCCGCAGUCACGUGGCACAGAGCCGCGCCGGGCCCGUGCGUACGGUGCACAUCCGACCGCUGCCGAAGCGCAACGCACCGGCCCGCAAACCGCACGCCGCAGGCGUGCAGACCCGCAGGGGGCCCGCGCAGACGCACAGGGCGAGCUCGCCGUCGGCACGCUGCUGCGCCCACGGCGACCACUCGGGCUGCACCGUCUACUGCUAUUUCUGCUACUGCUGUUACUGCUGCUGCCUCACGUUGCUCUCUCUCUCUCUCCUCCUCCUCCUGUCUCCACCUCCCAACGCUCCUCCCUCCGGCUCAUCGACUGACACUCUUCCCCCCUCCCCCUCUCCAUCAUCAACUUCCUGUUUGGAUGAACUUCCCUGUACCUGUCCUGGCGUCAACCUGACUUCCUCCACCGUGUCUCCCCACUGCCCCGUGCCACCUUGUCUCAUUCAUGGUGAUUCCUUCCCACUCUUCGACGUCUCAUCUCCUGACCUCGCCGCUCCCGACCAACGCAUCCCGUGUUGCCCCGGCACCUCUCCUACAUCAACCUCCCCUUCUCACUCCUCCGUGCCCUCUGACUCCAUCCACCCUCCCCAUCGCCCUGUCCUAUGCCGGCCGUGGCCUUCUUCGCGCUCUCUUUCCUCGCUGCUCCUCUGCCCUCCCAGCUUUGGGGAUCCAGUCCUUUCGUACACGUCCACUCUGGAGCACAUCCCCACCCGGCCUCGGACGCUGCUGCGCCAGCAGAGUCUUCAGCAGCCUCUCAUCCACCCACCAGUCCCUGUUCUCGUCCAUCCCCCCACCACAUCCCAAAGUUUGGGACAGUUACACACUGUCCCCGGACAGCCCGGGGGAGGCGGGGGUGCUGGGAGAGGAGAGGGAGGUGGCGGCGGCGGUGAGGGUGGCCUUGCAGGUACGAGAGGCGGCCCCAGGGGUGUGCGGGGCACCCCGUCGGGAGCAGGGGCCGCCCGCCACAGGGGAGGAGGUGGAGCAGGGCGCUCUCGUGCCAAUCCCGGCAGCUGGGAUUACACGAUGGACCAGAUGCGAAGUCGUGGCCUGGACGUCAAGUCCUUCCUUGAGGGGAAGCUGGUGGUCCUGGCUCUGGCCAUUGGUGUGGCCGAGCAAGAUGACUUUGCCAAUAUCCCUGACCUGCAGGAAACAGCGCAGGCAUCACCACCAGCCAAUCAGGAGCCGCCUCCUGAGAAGAGGGGCAACAAGCCAGCCAACAGUCCCAAGGGCCAACCCCCGGAUGCCGAUGGCAAAUCCUCCGUCACUGACCUGGCCAACUCCCUCACUGGGGACAUGGUGAUGCUGUCCCCAGGGUCAGAGGACGAUGACGGCGAAGGGCCCGUCAGUGAGAAGCUGGGCCGGAUCCAGUUCAGCAUAGGCUACAGCUUCCAGAACACAACCCUCACCGUCAAACUGCUCAGGGGCCAGGAGCUCCCGGCCAAGGACUUCUCCGGCACCUCCGAUCCCUUCGUCAAAAUCUACCUACUGCCUGACAAAAAAAACAAGCUGGAGACCAAGAUCAAGAGGAAGAACCUCAACCCCCACUGGAACGAAACCUUCCUGUUUGAGGGCUUCCCUUACGAGAAGGUGAGAGAGCGCACUCUAUACCUUCAGGUGUUGGACUACGACCGCUUCAGCAGGAAUGACCCCAUUGGAGAGGUGUCAAUCCCCCUUAACAAGGUGGAACUGGGCCAGAUAAAGACCUUCUGGAAGGAGCUCAAGCCCUGCAGUGAUGGCAGUGGGAGACGAGGAGACCUGCUGUUGUCUCUCUGCUACAACCCCACAGCCAACACCAUCACAGUGAACAUCAUCAAAGCGCGAAAUCUCAAAGCCAUGGAUAUUGGGGGCACCUCAGAUCCCUACGUGAAGGUGUGGCUGAUGCACAAGGACAAGCGCGUGGAGAAGAAGAAGACGGUGACAAUGAAGCGCUGUCUGAACCCCAUUUUCAACGAGUCCUUCCCCUUCGAAGUGGCCGCCCACGUGCUGAGGGAGACCACCAUCAUCAUCACCGUCAUGGACAAGGACAGGCUCAGCCGCAACGACGUCAUCGGCAAGAUCUACCUAUCGUGGAAGAGUGGACCAGCGGAGGUAAAGCACUGGAAAGACAUGCUCGCUCGGCCGCGCACUAACGUCGCCCAGUGGCACGCUCUCAAGGCCUGAACGCACCGCCAUCCCGGCUCCCUCCGCGGGCCCUUCCCCGCCCCCCCCGUCUCCUCCUUCCACUCCCGUCCUUAUGCACAAGACUGACUUGCUGCCAGGCUGCGAAACACGGGUACAAUUAGCCAUCUGCUCUAUUAAACCUUUAAGCUAUUUGUUUUUUUUCUCCUCUCUCCGACCCUUCUCACUUCUUGCGUCCCCUCUUCUUCAUACGGCCUUAGUUUUCUGUCUCUCACACUGUGCCAAUAGUUCCCCUGUUUCUGACUGUCUGUAUGUCUGUCUGCACUUUGCCUGUGGCGUCCCCAUAUUCAGUUUCUUGAUCGACCUUUCGAUCCCAAACUGCUCUGCAGCUCCUCCCCCCGUCUAAGGUGCCGGUCCCGUGGAAUCACAGAGAAGUCACAAUCUAUUCUCAUAUAAUUGUAUGACUAUUCCAGGUACUCAAUACUAUAGAUUAUGUACAAUAUGUACAUAUAUAUAUAUAUAUCAAUAUAAGAGGUAAAUAGAUUGGCAGAACCCCCCCCAUACAUAUGCCAAAUAUACAGUAUUGUAUCCAAAGCCUGUCUCUUCAUUUGUCUCCUUGUCAUCUGUCUCCAGUGUGCACUAUAUCCUCUCCCUUUUUCAGCCCCCCCCCCCCCGCACCCCCCUUUGACUCAUGUUCAGCUGAAGUUGUGGACAGCAAUCAAUACUCCGUUUGUGAUGUAAUCAGCUGAACCCUAGAUGGAAACUCUCUUUUCCUCUCUAUGCUUUUAUUUAUAACCCCUUAAUGUUCUCGCUCUCUAUUCCUCUGGCACAAUAUAAAUGUACCCAACCCCUUUAUGGACCCCCCCCCACACACACACACCCUUGUUGUCUUGUGCUGUGGGUGCUGUGCUGUAGCUCCAACAAAAAUAGAGAUUAAAAAAAAAAAAAACUUUCCGAAACUUGGACAGCUGGAACCCAAUAAACUGAUGAAAUGGAUCACUCCUGAUUUUUCCAGAAAAAAAGCCCUGACAUGGAGAGAGAAAAAAGAAGAUGACAAAAACAAAAGACCCCCCCAAGCCCCCUUCCCACCCCCUCUCCGAUGAUAUGAUGUCAUUUUUCACGGCGUCCCCGGAAGUCAGAUCCAAAUCUUCUUCCAAUUCGAAGAUGAAAGCAGAAGCCAAAGGUUUGUGCGCAUGCAUUCGGUUGUGCGGGCACACUUCUGUCUCUCCAUUGAUGCUUUGAAUCCUCCGUGUUGCCCUGUGCUGCAGUCUCGUGCUGACAGGAGUCGAUUGGAUUUUCACCGAUAUCGACUGUAUGGUGUGUGCUGCGCUAAUAUGUGCCUGGUUAUGUGUGUGUGUGUGUGUGUGUGUUCACAGGAGACACACAAUUGAAACUCGGCAGAAAUCUUCUCUUUUCUCUCUCUCUUCUUUCUCCUCUUGCUCUUCUUACUGCCAUUUUCCCCCUCCUCCUUUACUGCCCCGCCUUCUGAACGAGGGCCCAGGGAAGUUCUAUCUGCACUUUUUGAAAAUGUAAUAACAAUAAUAACGAUAAUGACAGUUUUGAUGAUGAUUACAGUACGGAGGAAAAUGAAAGGGGGGAGUAUCUGAAAGGGUGAGCAGCAGUUGGGGAGAGGAGACGCCUGCUCUGUGAUUUCAGGGUUUGGAGAUGAAGUGGAGGACGCAGAGGAUGGAUGCAGGGCUCUCAUCCUCCUCUUUCGGGCUUCUCUUGGUCAGUGUACCUGUGUGUGUUUCCUGACUCCUGGUGUCUGCGAUGUGAGCUGAGGCCUAAACCACGCUGCUUUUUUUACGCAGCGUGUUGAUCCACGCGGUCACAGCUCUCAACAAAGAGUCUGCGUUGGGGUCCGGGGUUCAUCACGCCGAGCGAUCAAUGUAAUGUUUGUGUUGUUUUUUUUCCUGGAUGAGGGGCAACCGUGUAUCACGGGCGCGUGGGCGCGACGUGUGAUUUUAGAUGAUGGUCUGAUCCGCCGCUGCUAGAUGCUGCAGAAGCAGAUUAGACAUUAUCUCUUCCCUGAGUGCUUGAGAGCAGCACAGAGCCAACUGGUCGCUGCCCUGCUUGUCAGGCACAUUCAGCUCAGCUCCAUAUUUCUCCAACACUAAUAACACAGUCAACAAAGCAGCAACAUGAAUAAUGUCGGCCGUUAAGAGCCGCUCACACAGACAUGUAAUCUUUCUUAGUGGACGCUCUACAGUAUUUGUCUUGUUUUUUUACAUUCAGCUAUCAGCUUUUCGGGAUCUUUCUUUCCUUUUAGUGGAGCGACUUAGUUUUCGAGUCUAAAUGAGCGUCGUUCUUUCAACCAUCUCUACGUUGGUUGUUUUCUUUAGUCAAAGCUUCCCUGCCUCUUUUAAUGUGGUUCCCACUAAACCUGGCCCUGUAAUAAAAACUAAUACUGAAAUUGAUAUCUGUUAUCUGCUCUUCCGCUCCUUUUCAUUUAUGAUGAUGAUUCUAACCUGAUCACUUGAAUUAGAUUAUGCAAUUGAAGUCCAAUCUGCACCAGGUUAGGCCUCAUCCGGUUUCUCUAUAAACCGGGCCGUGCAGUGUGUGUGUUCUGUGCAGUGUGAGCUGUGCAAGGCUCGGUGCCGGCUGGCGCGGUGCACCGAUCCAGUCCAGCACCCAUCAGAACAAUUGGCCAGCCGUUGAACAGGGUGCACUGCUUUGACAGCCACUGCCAGCACUGUCACAGCACAUUACACUCCCAUUAGGUGGUCAGAAAGGAGCAAUAUCUGCUUUCUUGGACCUAAAGGGAACCCGCUGUUUGCAGAGGUAAAACUUGCAGAGAAUAAAACUAAAUUGUGGAGCGUGCUCGGUGAUGAGCGUGAGGGUGAUGGACAGGGAUAAAAGGCUUGUCAGUCGAAACAAGAUAAAUAAUCAUGAGGCGAUUGAAAACCAGACGUGGUUUGAAUGUGCGAGUCGACACAACGCCGCCGCCAUUUCCUUUUCACUGAUGCUAUGUAGCUCAAGGAGUGAUAAAUUGGUAUGCUGAGAGGGUUUACUAAGCUCAGGCAUCAAUGACCCUGUAAACGGGAGGAUAUGGCUUUAUUUUUAGCAUCAUGAGGCACAGUGAUGUGGCUGCUCCUCCAAGCUAGCCUGCAGGGCUGCAAGCUUUUAAAACUCACUGAGUGCUUUGGAAAACAGACUUCUUAAAAGCCAAUCCCGACAAAAACAUUUUCUAAUUUAAAAAGGUUAAAUGGCACAGUCAUCACAUCAUUAGUGACAUUUGGGUAAGAACGGGAGGUUUGGCUCUCAGUGGGAUAGUGAAACGCUACACUUAAAGAUAUAUCAUUUUAUUGCAACGCCAUUUUAUUACCUAUUAGUUGACUUCUCCUAUUCAUUGUUUGGGUUAAAGGGAGAAGUGGCUAGGUACACCCUCUACAAGUAUAUAAGUUUAUUCAGCUACAUUAAAUAACUGCUCAUUGUUAAGAAAUAUGCUUUUAUCUAAAUAACAAAUUACUCAAAUGUGAAAGUAGUAUAGUCUUUAAUUCGUUUGUUUUUUUCCUCUGCAACACAAUGUUUUAGGCUUCACCACAUUAUAUCCAGAAAGUGGUACUUUCCUUAAAGUAAGCAGAAGUCUAAAACCUGCACUACUAAAAUGGAUGUUGAGCUCAAAGCACAAACAGUUAAGAGGAGAGAGCGAUUCCCAAAUCCCAGAUUUAUCACACGGCCACCCGUCUCACGGCUCUCAACAUGGCCUCUCUGUUGGCAACAACACUGUCAGGACCGACCUUCAACACCCCUGAACUCAUGAAUACAGCAUGGCGGUCGGUGUGUGCUGCGGAUAGUCACUGCUUCAUUGCUGAGGUUGGAAUCAAGAGGACAGGCGCCACCAACUUAACCCAGUUUCAUAGAUUUCUCUUUAUUCAGGUUGUUAAUCCGUAGGGUGUCGGGACUUUUUGGUAAAUUCUAUUUUCAAGCUUCUGGAAAUUUCCUGAAACUUUCGGCGCCGCCUCUAACAAUACGUCACAAGCGUGUUAGCAUUGCCUCAGUAAACAUGUUUGACAUUAGCAAUUAGCUCCAAACUGCAGUGCAGCCUCAGAAGGCUGCCAGCUCUGCACAGCAGCUGGCAACGUGAGGUAGACUAACUUAUGAAGGGAGUAGUGGGUGUGUCCGCCCCAAAUGUUUCAUUGUCACCUGCAGCCUUCCCUUUUUCUGUUUACCUUUUUAAAUAACUAAAAGCUUUAUUGGCUAAGGGGGUCACACCUGUGUGCCAAGGGAUUAGCGAGAUGUAUUCCUGAGCCUGAUAUUGUUUGUCCUUGUCGUACCCUCAGUCCGUUUCUUAUACUGUGAUGUGGCUUUCUGAGCGUCAGUGACCCCCUUUAUUGGACAUGUGCCUGCUUUGCUGUGGUUUAAUAUCCAAUUGAAGCUACACUGUACUUAUGUCUUUGUGAACUUUAGGUGUGUGUGUGUGUGUAGUGAGGUG